CAUAAAGCCAACUCAUAGUCAUAACAUAUAGAGAAGCUAUCCUAGUUCCAAGCUGUUUAUUACCUUGCAUCUUCCGCAAUCACCUUCUCUCUUCUUCACUCUUAUCUCUUUUUCUCUAAAAAAUGUGACUUUGUUGUACGUGAGUGCGAGUGAGCCUAAAACAGUACGGAUACUUGAGCAAAGGAACAAAUAUAGAAGUGUCCAAUGCGUACCAACAAUACCCUUUACUCUCUCUAAAAAACAAACAAUUCUCUACACACUUGACACUACUCUAGUUUCACUGUUUGUUCUCUACUUCACUCACAUCUCUGCGCUGUGUGCGUGAACCAGCAGAUAGCAAGCAUGAGUAAACAAGACACGAUGAAAAUUCAGAAUUACCUUCUCAAGGUCAAUAUCCACUGCGAUGGCUGUGAAGAGAAAGUAAAGAAAAUCCUGCAGAAAAUUGAUGGGGUGUAUUCUGUGAACAUAGAUGCGGAGCGAGGGAAGGUGAUGGUGUCAGGGCAUGUAGAUCCAGCUAAACUGCUAAAAAAGCUAAAGAGGUCAGGGAAGCAUGCCGAACUUUGGGGUGGCCAGAGAGGCAUGAUGUACAACCAAAACUACCCCACCUACCCUCAGUUCAAGAACAUGCACAUAGAUAACACCAAAGGGGGCAGCAAGGACAACAAGUCUCAGAAUCACAAAGGUGGUGCUCAGAAAGGAGGUGGUGGUGGUGGUGGUGGUGGUGGUGGUCAACUAGCACACUUCCCAAAUGCUAAUGGAGGGUCAAAAGUACCCCCCAAGAAUCAGAAAUCUGUCAACUUCAACUUAUCAGAGGAUGAACUUGAUGAGAGUGAUUUUGAUGAAUUUGAUGAUGACUAUGAUGAGUUUGAAGAUGAUUUGGAAGAAGAGGAGGAAGAGGAAGAGUAUGGUAAUGGUUAUGGACAUGGUGGUCAUGGUCAUGGUCAUGGUCAUGGCCAUGGGCAGCAGGGGCAGGGGCAUCCUAUGCAACAUAACAAGAUGAUGGCUAUGAUGGGCCAGGUGGGGAAUGGGCGUGGGCCACAUGGGAUGAAUGGGCCUGCUAUGAACGGCCAUAAAGGGAAUGGGGGUGUCAAUUAUGGGGGUGUCAAGAAGGGUGAGGUCAUUGAUCUGCCUAUACAAAUAAAGGGCAAAGGUGGAAACUUCAACGAGGGUAAAAAUGGAAAAAAGGGCAAUGGAGAUGGUGGUCAAAAGAACAAAGGUGGAAAGCAAAAGGGUGGGGGAGAUAAUAAUCAUCAUAACAAUGGUAACAAGAAAAAGAACUCCAAAGACAAAAACGGUGGUGGAGGCUUCCUAGUUCGGUUCCUAGGCUUAGGAAAAAAAAAGAAGGCAGGAGGAGGUGGAGGUUCAGCCGACACAGCAACAAACAAGAAUAAAAACAACAAAGGAAAGAAAGAUGGAGGAGGAGGAGGAGGAGGAGGAGGUAAAUUCGACAAAAUUGACUUCGACUUCCAAGAUUUUGAUAUCCCUCCUACCAAAGGUAAAAAUGGCAAGGGUGGGAAUAAUGGUAAAAACAAUAAUGACAAGGGUCAUGGUAGCAAUAAUGGCAAUGUGGGCCACCACAUGGGCCCCAUGGGUCAGAUGGGCCCAAUGGUUCAGAGAGGUCCAAUGAAUCAGAUGGGCCCAAUGGACCAUAUGAGGAAUAUGAACAUCAAUAUGCCGGCGGUGCAAGGAUUACCGGCAGCCACGGCCUCAGCAGCGAUGAACGGUGGUUACUACCAAGGGAUGCAGAUGCAGAUGCAACAACCUAACCCUUACAACAUGCAGCAGCAGCAACAACAACAGCAACUAAUGGCCAUGAUGAUGAACCAACAACAACAGCAACAACAGCAAGCAAACAUGAACAUGUACCCACCACACAUGAUGUAUGGAAGGCCACACCCACACCAACACCAACAUCCAUCUAUGAACUACUUUCCACCCCCACCAAUGCCCUCACACCCCAUGGCGGAUCCUAUCACACACGUUUUCAGUGAUGAGAACACUGAGAGCUGCAGUAUCAUGUAAAUUAUUAUUAUUAGUGGUGACUAGUAGUUUGUUUUAAUUAGGUUUUUCCAUUUGUUUGUAGUCUUAUUUUAUUUUGGGGGUUCAUUAAAUUUUGUCCUAGUGCUAGAAAAAUGUGCAACAUUUUAGGACUAUUUAGGGAUAUCAUGUGAUGUUUGUUUUACUUUGGUCCGGUCUCACAUGGCCCUUUAAUUUUCUCAAAUUUAAAUGGAGUCAUGCGUCCUGUAAAAUUCAAUGCUCUAGAUUCUGUUGGCUUUACUAUUGGCCAAAUAUGUUCUUUUCACACAUGUUGGUCACAAUAUUCAAUACUUAAGUUCAAUUUCAAUUGUGUGCUCU